AUGGAACCUGGCCAGCUGUCGCCGCAAAAGGAGCAGGAAAUUGCGUUGAAGAUUCUGGAGAGAGCAGAGCUCGCCCAGAUGACGAGACAACUCAAAAUGGGCCUCGGAAAAGUGGCGACGCCGAAGAAGAGUUCACGCGUGUCGCUGGACGGUGCGCGUGUUUCACCUCUGAAGCGGGCACGGACGCGUGAGAACAGUGGGUCUAGUGAUUUGGGAGAGGUCGGGGAGCUCAGGGAGCUGGGAGAGCGCAGGGAGCGCAAAAAAAGCCCUGCGAAACGCGUUGCAACACCACCGGGAAGUCCCCUGAGAGGUGGGCGAGAAGGUACUGAGCUCCCAGUGCCACGAACGCCACGACCACGGACGUUUGGGUCUGCAACAAGCGCUGGAGCAACACACGAGAACCACGAAUUAGGUGCAGACCUGCUCAUGUAUCUGGCGACCAGCCCCUACACGUCAUCUGCGAAGCCUGGAGCGGGCUUGCAGGGCCCACAGACGCCCUCAGCGGCCACCAGCAAUGGUGUCGGAAGAAUUCCGAUCACGCCGUCGGUGCCACAUACGCAGCUGAAGAGCCAGGGCACCGCAGCGUCGCCUCAUUCCACCUUCAAGGUCCCAGCCCUCGCUGUGGCACACCAUACGCCAUUGCAUUCGGCCUCCACUUCGCAGUGUUCCGAUAUCAUGGACUCGCCACACAUAUCGUUUUACAUGCCGUCGUCGUCGCCACGCAAACGGAGCGAGUCUACGACCACGACCAAAUUGGGCACAGCUACCGCGGCCGCUGCUUCGCAAAACCUGGCGGUUCCAAGAACGCCCAACUUCAACAUGGGUGACUACGUGCACAAUCUGUUCAGUCCUUCGCCACGCGUCACCAGCGGGUCUGUUCGAGACGCGAAAAAGGAGUGA